AUGCUUCUUAUAACUGCACUUCUGUUCUUCUCUCUUCUAAAUAUCAGCGCUCAAACAUCGCAUGCAGAAGCUUUCACAGAGCUCAUGAAAGGUCCCAUCGAGGAGUUGCAUGAAAACAUAAUUGGAGACCUAGAAUGGGAUGAUGGAUUAGCGGAAGAAGCGCGUAAAGAAUUAGAGGCGCCACUUCCGAAACCGAAAGGAGCUGACCUGAAACUCACAGGGACAACAACUGUCACGGAUGGAAACCAGGAGGAAUCGUUACUUCAACUCGUCAAGGGUUUCCUCGAAGAAAACAAGGGUCGCGGUAUCAAAUCAGGCUCACACUAUGGAUGUGGCAGCUUCGUACAAAGAAAUGGACGAAGACCACAUUACCAGUCAGGUUCAGGUCGCUUGUCUCUACAAUUGGACGUAUCUUGCUUGAAUUUUCCGAUAAAUUUCUCGAGCAAUUGA